CUGACGUCAGCGCUGUCCGUGAAGAUGGCGGCGUCCUGUGUGCGAACCGUGGGUUCGUUCUUAGGGAAAUGUGGGAAUUCCUGCUCCAGUAUAAACUCAGUCACGUCGCAGUUGAGCCGGCAGGUCCUGCGCAGGCAGAUCUGUGUGAGCUCUGCCCUCCACAGAAAGAACCAGUCGAACAGAACACCGCCGAAGUUCACGGCGGAGUUUAUUGAGCAGCAGGUGGAGGAGUUCAACAUCGGGAAACGGCACCUGGCCAACAUGAUGGGAGAAGACCCGGAGAAUUUCACCCAGGAGGACAUUGAUAGGAGCAUUGCUUACCUCUUCCCCUCUGGCCUGUUUGAGAAGAGAGCCCUGCCCGUCAUGAAGCAUCCAGAUGAAAUAUUUCCAAAGCAGAAAGCCGUCCAGUGGGGAGAGGACGGACGGCCUUUCCACUUCCUUUUUUACACCGGCAAACAGUCCUACUACUCCGUGAUGCAUGAACUGUACAACAAAAUCCAGAACUUAGAGAAGUACCAAGACCGUCUGAGAGCCAAAGGACUCUUCUCCCAGGAUGUUAAGCAGAUCUCUCUAGGUUCAAGCAGGUGGCUCACAAAGGAGGAGGUGGAGGGUGUGCUGGUGGAGACCAUCACUGAUCACAACUACAAUCGCUUGAUCCAGCUGAUGGAGCGCCUGCUGUCCAUGCCCUACUGCGCCCUGGAGGAGGAGUUUGUCAUGCGUUACCGCCAGCAACUGGAGACUCAGUCCAGGAAGCAGACGGUGCCUCCGCUGCAGAGGGAUGAGAGAGGCGUGGCCUUCAGCACAGCAGAGGGCCGCAGGAAGACGUCAAACUCCACUGUGGUUCUUCGAGACUGUGGCUCCGGAAAAGUCUCCAUCAACGGUCAAGAGUCCAUCCGUUACUUCCCUGUGCUACAAGACAGAGAGCAGCUGAUGUUCCCGCUUCAGUUCAUGGACAUGCUGGGACGCUUCGACCUGGAGUGCACCGUGAGCGGCGGCGGCAGGUCCAGCCAGGCGGGGUCGCUGCGGCUCGCCAUCUCCCGCGCCCUGCUCAGCUUCCUGUCUGAGGGAGAAAUGGAGAACAUGAGACAAGUGACUGUGUUCAGGUCGGUUGCUGCUGGAUUGGAGGGAUGCUCUAAACUCUACGCUGCUGUGAUUGGUCGUUUCUCCGUCAGCCAACUGAUGGUGCUCUCUGCAUGGAGGUCCUGUAGAUGGCUAACUGGCCAACUGUUUAGGCCUUUGGCUUUGUUGAAGAAGCUACACCUUGACAAGUCAUUUCACAUUGUUUGAUGUCGUUGCACAGUUGAACCUUUUCCAUAAUCUGAAAUGUUAUUGUGUUUUCUGAAAUUUUAUCAUGUUUUGACCCUCAGGGCCACUUUACUGAAGGGGCCAUGCACAUUAUUAGAUCAUGACUGAAACAUAAACAGUGACAGAGCAGAGUACAGUGUAUAAUAUUAGAGUGUGUUGCUGAACAGGAAUAUUUUCAAUGAAUGAAAAAAAAAUCUGCUAAAUUCAUACAGUUUUUCUAACAUUCAGAUUUUCUUACAGCAUUUCUCAUCUCUCCAAUAAGGUUUGGUUUUCCAACAAAAUAGCUCUUUAUUCAACUCUACUCUGACGAUGGCAGUUUCAUUCAGCUCUUGUUUUGUCUCAUGAUUUCCUCCUUCAUCCAUCAUGUUUCUUGUUUCUGGA